CAUGGUCGACACCGGUUCUCCCCAUCCGGAUAAAACGGACAUUGAGGCGUAUAUUCUGAGUGAAUACAUACCAGCCAAGCCGCUGAGCAGUAACCUGGAGGUGUCCUUCACCGGCGAAGAGCAGGCAUCCAGCGAAACAUGUGCCCAACUAAGAUGCGGCGAUUUCUUGAAGUUCCCGUUCGCCCGCUCGGACUCCCAUCGUCCAACGCCCGCGGCGAUAAAAGGGAGCAAGGUGCUCGUGGCCGCCGACAAGGCCACUGGAACGAAGCGCGUGGUGGAGCUGGUACUAGAAUCCUCAUUUGACUACCAACCCGGAGACACCAUUGCCGUUGUGCCUAGCAACAGUCCAGAGGUGGUGGAUGCUCUGCUCACUCGGCUGAACCUAAAGGACAAGGCUGACGCCAUAUUCAACCUAAAGCUGGUCCUUAACUGCGCCAAAAAGAACGCCAAGGUUCCCGCCCACAUUCCGCCAACGACAACUCCGCGGGAAAUCCUUACCCACUGCCUGGCCCUCGGAAGCGUUCCACAGAAGCAGUUCCUCAGUGCCCUGGCUGGUUUUACCAGCAACGAUCGGGAGCGCAGCUUUCUGGCCGGUCUGUCCUCAAAGCAGGCAACCGACCACUACAAUUCCCUCAUUCUGGAACAAGGUUUAAGCUUCUCGGACAUUCUCGACCUCUGCGCCAGCUGUAAGCCAACGCUGGCCUUCCUGGCGGAGCAUCUGCCACGUCUGAUGCCACGGCCCUAUUCUAUAGCCAAUUCCCCUUUGGAUAGUGGUGUUCAGGAGCUCCGUAUCAUUUACUCCCAGCUCAGUCACAAGCCCGGAGUAACAACCAGCAUGUUGGAAGCCAAAGUUCAGCAAGCUGAUAAGCAACCCGCCAAAGUUGUCAUCUACCCUCGGCUGAGCAACUCAUUCCGCUACACAGAGCAGGAUCUCUCCAGCAACCAAAUACUCAUAGCCGUGGGAACUGGUCUGGCCCCCUUCCUAGGCUUCCUGGAACACAAGGAACAAGUUCUGAAGCAGCAGCUCCAUCAGGACAGAGGCCAGUCCUGGCUGUACGUGGGUGCCAAGACACAAGAGGCAUUACUGAAGAGAGAUCAGCUGCUGGCCUGGCAGCAAUCCACGGUGCUGUCGCGAUUGCGCACUUGUUAUUCGCGUGGGGAUGUCCCCUGCUAUGUCCAAACGCUUUUGGAGGAAGACGCCGAUGAGCUAGUAGAGCUCCUGCUGAAGCCGGAAACUGUGCUCUAUGUCUGCGCCGAUGGGGCUAAGAUAUCACAGUCCAUUGCCAAUGGCUUGGGUGUAUGCCUCCAAAAGGCGCUUCAUCUCAAUGAGGAGGAGGCCUUGCGCCGCCUAAAGGAACUGAAGACGCAGGGCAAAUACCGUGAGGAUGUGUGGCUGUAGAAGACUCUCUUAAUGUUUUUAUAUUUUAAUCUUUACGUAAACUAGUAUCUUUUAUUUGGGACGCUUGAAGUUGAUAUAUAAUAGUUUUUAUAUCUUUCAUAAGAGAAUUCAAACCCAGUCCUGUAAAGAGUUCGAUAGUUUUUUAUUAUUUUCGAAAAGCCAAAUUUCUCCACUUCCAUCUGGAAAAUAUUUAAUGAUUUGUUUCCCUUGCCAACAUUGAAACUGCAGCUGUAAAAGUAAAUAUUUACCCCACAAAAUCAUCAUCCAGUUGCUUUGGUCGAAUAAGUAAAUAACGAUAUAUUUAACAACACAAAAUAAAAAUACAGUGCAAGCUAAAACUAAAUACAUACAAUCGUGAGGGAUAAUCAUCAGUAUAAUCGCAGUGGAUGGAUGGGGACGAAUA